CAGGCAGAUCAGUCGUCAGUCUGAGAGAAGAGAAGCAGCAGCAGGAGACGGAGCAGCCUCCUCUCGCCUCAAAUGACAAACUCUCAUCCCCCCUCUCUCCAACUCCUCUGAAACAACUCGCAACCUCCCGGUCUCCUUCGUCGUAACCUCCUCUUCCUUUUUCAGUUGCACCUAUUUUUUUUUUUCUUCUUUCUUUCUACUUUGUCUAACCCCUCCGCAGCGCUCAACACCCCCAGAGAUGUGACUAGAUUAUGAGGACCCCCUGCCAGCGGUGACUUGUCUCCUCCGUGCUUCAGAGAACCGAACAUCCUCAUCUUCCACCCCAAAUUGUUUUUUUGGACGUUCAUCUGCCUUUCAACAAUGUAGGAGAAGGUGCACUGUCAUUUCAGCGACGAGGAUGCCAAGACAACUACAUGCCUUGCUAUUGCUAUCCGCACCUUAAAUCUUUGUCUUUACAGCCGGUGGGGAUGUGAAAGAUUUUUCGUGAAGGCAAAGUUUGAGGGUACCUCUGUCGGUUUCCCGCUCACCUGUCCUCCUGCUCGCGUGACCCCCCCCUCUCCGUUUAACUGAUAUAACGAGGAAGAUUAUCGCCCAAAGAACAAUUGACAAGCAACUUCAAAGAGACCUGACUAUUGUUCUGGUAAUUUGAGUGGGAUUUGGCAGUGUUGUUAGAGGAAUUUGAUGUACGCAACGCUGAAGGAUAUGGCUUAAAUAAUGGUUGCGUUACUGACAGCGGGAGUAAGGUCCGUCACUUGAGUGUUUUUAUCAGCUAUUGUCGACUUUGGAGGAAACCCAUCUAAAUGGGAGGAUACCUGGAGGACUGAGUCGGAUUCGGCAGUCGAUAAAAAUGUGGAUAAAACGGAGUGUUGCGCGCAGUCCGUCUGUGUUGAGGCGAGGCAGCUCUGUGGGGCACCGGGUGUGGCUCUUGCUGGCCAUGACCCACCUCACCCUGGACUUCUCUGCGUGCAGCCCCCUCAGUCAGGGUGUGGGGGUCAAACUCACACCUAAAUCGGUGGCUCGCUCUCGACCUCGCUGGCAGCCGCUCUGGGACAUGCCCAACAAGCUUCACUGGAAAACAGUGAGCCCAUUGGCCAGCCGCCUCCUCAACGCAAUCCCUCCACCACAAGACAACAGGGCAGGGACAUGGCCAAAAGUCAAGGGUCAAAAGCAUCGGAAGCCAGCACAUAAAGGACAAGCAGCGUGUAAGGAGUGCCAGUUGAGAUACUCUCAAAUGGAGACAGGUGAUCCUUUGGCUGUAAUAGCAGAAGCUCCAGUAGCUUUAUCCAGAGGGAGCAAAGGAGACACAGUGAGGUUGUUACUUAGAGCCAGAAGGCAGCUCAAAUGGGACAGCUAUGACAAGUCUCAGGAGGGCCGGACUACCACAGUGGCCGGAUUUAUCGACUGGGGACCCACAGGGACAGAUAGCAUAGACGACGACGGCAAACCGGAGCCCAACAUAACGCUGUCCACCAAGGUCUCAACUACCACAGUGGCCACAACUACUAGCACUACUACCGGGCUCUCCCAAAGGACGUUCACUGUGGUGACCACACCAGAGCCCAAGAGGCUAAGCACCACCAAGGCCACUGGCGGUUUCGGGGAGACUGUCAAACCACCAAAGCCAUAUGGGGAAACACCAGGUUUGGCAGUCCACCAGAUAAUCACAAUCACUGUGUCUCUCAUUAUGGUCAUCGCAGCCUUGAUUACAACACUCGUCCUUAAAAACUGCUGUGCGCAGUCGGGAAAUGGCCGCCACAAUAGCCAUCAGCGCAAGAUCCACCAGCAGGAAGAAAGCUGCCAAAACCUGACAGACUUCACCCCAGCCCGGGUGCCCAGCAAGGUGGACAUAUUCACUGCCUACAAUGACAGCCUGCAGUGCUCACAUGAGUGCGUUAGGACUGCCGUGCCCAUCUACACUGAUGAGAUGAUCCAGCAGACGCCUGUCUACAAGACUGCUUACAACGGAAACAGGCCCUCCCCCACGGAACGACAACUGAUUCCUGUGGCCUUUGUGUCAGAAAAAUGGUUCGAGAUCUCUUGUUGACAAGCUGAAGACCUUGUUCACUUCCUGUGGGUGAAAGAGACUUCCUGAAUUAAAGCUCUGGAUCCAGUUGGAAACAAGAAACACACAAAACAGCUUUUUUUGUAAAAUAGUGUGAUCACUCUUUGGACACUGGUGAAGAUAUUUAUUUUUCUAGAGAUCUCAAGCAGAGCAGCCACAACGCUGCCACUCCAUAUUUCCAGAAACGUACAGUCAUUUAGAUAUAGAUUAUAUAUAGGUAUAUUUACAGGAUGUGUGGGACAAGACUGUGGACGUCACAGAUGUCUCAAGGAAAACAUUUGACAUUUGGAAAGAAAUGAACCCAAGAAGCUGCUGUGGGUGAAGGAUGAACUGUAUUUCUGAACAAUGUGCCAAUAAUGCCACUAUGUGCCACAACCUGGAUUAAAGGAAGUUUCAACAACUGAUGGACUAAACAAAGAGCGCUAUAUUAACCCUGUAUCGACUUCAACUACAUUGUUUCUUUUUGUUUUUUUAAAGAAAUGUGAAAGAUAAAAAAUGCUACAAAUGUAUUUGAAUAUGUUUUGAAAUAGUUUUAAGAAAUGUGUCGCAAAAGAUAUUUAUAGGAAGCACUAUUGUAUUAGUUUUGGAAGAGAGAAGAUGGGAAAAAAAGAAACGGUAUAUGCUUUAGUGAACAGUUGAUUUUAAAACAUUGUUUCUAUAGGUCCCAUUUUAAACAGAAUAAUUAUAUGUCUAUUUUUUUACACAGUAUAGUCUGCCACAGCCCGAACAGUGGAGGUCCGAAGCUCUAGAGAUUCAGCACUGUUAAUUAAAUACUCCCACCCGAGACGAGAUUAAAACAAAGAAAACUGUCUGAAUACACCUGGUGCAAGCCAAUCCACCGCCUGCACCAAUUGCUUAUUGUGUAAAACUUUCAUGGAAAAACAAUGAAAAGGUUUCUGUGGUGCAGUAUCACUGCUGCAGCGAAUCCCAUAGCAGCAAAUUCAUGACUAGAUUGGAUAUGGAUAGCCACAACAGACUGCAUGGAGCUGGACAGGACAUUCAUACUGCCUCAGGUCUGUCUAGCUCGCUUGCACACUUGUGUCAUGUCGGUCUCAGUUUCAGCAGCUGUUUGGGAUAAAUUCUAAUGACUGGUUAUGAUUUUGAUCUGAGCCGCAGCGCUAAAAGGUUGGAAUAGAUUCAGUUUGAGCUUCAAAUUCAAAAUAAUUCAUGUGAUCAUUUGCAAAAGUACAAAAGAGAUUGAAAAGUUAACCCCUCCAGAGAUAUUAAAUUAUAAUCUACACACAACUCCCAAGAUUCACUUUAAAUAAAAUUAUUUCUGAAACCUAAAAAGUCUGACUUACAGUCAGUAGGGAUGCACCGAUACCGAUGCCAGUAUAGGGAUAUCGGUCCAAUGCCGGGUCCGAUGUACUCGUACUUGUAGUAAUAAUAAAAUAAAAUUACUUUGAUACUACAACACCAGAUAUCACCUCAUAGCAAUGUGACAAUAACUUCUCAGUCAAGCGGGCAUAGACAACGAAAGAGGAGCAAUGCAAGCCGGUUGAAGAUUUUUGACUGUAAAAAAAAUAACUAAGCUCUUGCCCAAUGCAUGAGUGCACGUGACAACCAGCCAUUGACAUUCGUUAAUAAUACUGGGUUUCGAUGUUUUCUCAAUGUACUGGAGCCGAGUGAUUCCCAGCCAUCACCACAUCACAGAAAUCGUGUUUCCAAAGCUGCUCUGUGAAAAAGCAUAUCAGCAGCCUGUUGCCCGUAAACUUGAUUUGACUGAUAUUUGGAGUAGCGGUGUUAGCCCAGUGUCUCUCAUCAGCUUUGCGGGCAUAAACAUGAAGAAAGCAAUGUUUCAAUCUGCUGCGUGUGCAUGCGGUUUCUACACAGCGCUGUUUUAACAAUCACAGUGCUACUCUUUAAAUUGCGAUUAAUUUUUCCAAAAUAGGCUGAAACGAAAGCUCUCGGUGUAUAGUCUAACGGUUUUAAUUGUUGUAGUUUGCCACAAGUCUUUAAAUUUGGACAAAAUCUUGUGAACUUAGCUGCUGCCGUAAACAAACCAUCCUCUCUGUUGGAUCAGUAUAUCUACACAGGUAAUUAAUAUGUGAAUGACGUAAUCUGACUUGGCAUUCGUCAUUAUUUCUAAACUUUCCUCAGCAUUUCGAUAUUAGGAAUUAUAUGAUUUAUUUUAUUGACACGAGCCCGGGGAAACAUCCACGCUCAGCACUGAGCUUUGAAUAGAAAAGAGGCAUGGUACUUUGAAAAUACUGCUUUGUUCUAAUUGACAACAAUAUCAGAGAAGGCCAAAAUGAUCUGUGUGUCUGAAAACACCCUCGGACCCCAGAGGGAUUAUUAAAUACUCAAAUUGGUACUCGUUAUUGGCAAGUACCCAAAUGUAAGUACUUGUUCUUAAAAAAGUGGUAUCGGUGGAUCCCUAGUCAGAAAGUCAAGAAAAACGUAAAGCAAUUUGUUGAAGCUGGAAUGUAAAAAUUACCCACACUUUUUCAACUAAGAAUGAAGAAGAAGCAGUAACGAAGCAACGAAUUGUUCCUCAGAAUCAAAACAAUCUGCGCCAUGUUUUUAAAAUGGGAGGAAUUCCCUUGCCAAAUGUGUGGUAGGGGUAAUUUAGCUCCCUCCAGAGCCAGAUCCACUCAAUACUUGCAGAGCAGAAUUCAAGCUGUCACAGCCAGGAAGUUGGGGGUUGUGCACAAAUAGAUUGUUUUAAUUCGUGCCGAGGGAAAAAAUACGAAACAGACUCAUGAGAAAGAAGAGUUGAAUUUUGUUCUUUCAAAGACCCCAAAAACACUCCCGUCAGUGUAUUGUUGAAAGAAGGCGAUUAUGACAAGCCAAUCAGCCUCUUCCAAAUUGCUUUAAAUUAUCUUCUAUGUCUAAGUGAGGAAACUCACCUACCAUAGACAGAUUACCUUUGUGCUCCGAAGCCGCCUAUGAAUCUACCUUUUAAUGUGCUGUGGGUUUGUACAAAGCACAAAUACAACUCUGUAAUUGUAAAAGUUUUUGGAUUGCAGACAGCAAUAUGUACAGAUUUGAAAGGUGGGUUUUAUUGCGUGCCGACAGUGGAUCUCCUGUCAUUCGCUUAGGUUGUUUUCAGACUUGUACUCACUUCCUUAAAGGAUUCAAGGAAACAGGUUGUCCCAGUGAGAUCAGUAUCUAUAAAAGUGAGCCAUUCAGGAGGUGCCAAGACAGCCUGGGUUUAACACUGUGGUGCAAAACUCCAGCUUUUGCCCAUUCACAACAUGAAAACCACUCUCAUGAAUGACUCAUACCAAUUCAGCCUCACGUGUGUGUCAGGCUGCGGAGUUGCUUCUUUGACAUAACAUAUAUUUUUUUGAAUGAAGAGUGCUAUCUUAAUAGUCAGAGGGUUACGAAUACUUACUGUAUAUUAUACACGUGUAAAUGUAUUUUCUAUAUAUUUGCUUCUAUUUGUGUACAGGUGUGUUCUAUUUUUCAGGACCUCUCCCAUUUUUGGGAAGGUUUCAGCUAGGUCGGGGAUAGUGUCUUUGUUUACAUGUGUAACUAUGGUAUUUCUUUGAAAACACAAAACUAACCUUGUGCCAAGCUUCCUACCUGCACUUUCAAGCAGUACUUGUAUUAUAACUUUAGCUAACCAGUAUAAUACUUCAGUAGACGCUGCAAUAGUUAGAGACCGAGGAGAGAUUUCCAGGUGGAAGGUCUGAAAGUACUGAGAGGUUCGAAGAGAUGAUGCGAUCAUAUGUUGGGUUCUGCUGUGUUCAUGGUUGGCUGGGAAACCAAGGAAUUUCUGUUCUCAAACAUCAUUUCUACAUGAAUUAUAAUAUUGAGUGUUUCCAUCACAUGAAUACAAAAAAAACUGUAACUCCAACAGUAGCUGCCAAGAAACCAACUAAACUUGAUUUAGAUUAAGUUGUAUUAAUUUGUCAUAUUUUGUAUUUGUAUAUACAUAUUGUAAAAACUGCCCCAGAAAAUACAUGAUUUUCCACAUACUUAUUGUGGUGACUGCAUAAACUAAUUAAUAUUAGCAUUUAUGAGUAUAUGAAACAAUCAGGGAGUCGUCUAAAGAAAGAAUUGAGAAAGGAAGAUGGUUUUUGCUGCAACUGCUAAAUUUACCUGGUUAAAAGAAUAUCAGAGUUAGGCACAAUGAUGUGGGAAGCCUUUCACUUUUUUCAUUUAUAAAAGUUUUUAAAGGAUGAUUCAAGUUUACUUUAACUUGGGUCUUAUUUCUAGUCAUGAUACCAGUUGGUCAGUCAGUCUGCCACUUAAUAUAGGACCUAUCUGGAUAUAUAGAGAUAUCCAAAGUUCCCACAUGAUAAAUACAAACGACUUUGGCGAUCUCUUGACUACAGUAGCAACGCUGUAACUCACAAAUGAUUUAUGAGUUAAACAUUAUACCUGCUAAACAUCAGCAUGUUAGCAUUGUCAUUUUGAGCAUCCUGACGUUAGCAUUUAGCUAACCACUGCGCUCACAGCAGCACAGGUUUUGACGCUUAGCCAAUGCCACAACCAGACUAUCAUUUAGGAUGACAUUGUACACGCGAGGUACAUUGCAUGGAUCUGGCAACACAGUGACAUCGCUAAAAUUAUGUCCAAAGGGGUAAAACUGUAUGCGCACACAACUAUAGCACAACUAUGGCAAGUACGGCUAGUCAAAGUCAAUCCUUGAAGUCUGUAAACUGAGGUGCGGUGGAUAGUUUAGUCCUUUUACAGUUUGCCUUUAUUUUAUCGUGCAAAUAAGUUUGGCUAACCUGGAAGUUUGUUUACAACCUGACCUGAUUGUGCCAUGUUGGACUGUUUUUUAUGUUGCUUUGUUUGAAACUCUUACCAUUCAACUUGGUUGAGUACAAUGUCAUUAUUACUGACGGCAAUGGUGUCUAAAGAGAGGUAAGAACAUAUGACCCAAGGUGUACUAAACCUGAAUUAUCCUUUCAUCUUAAAUAUUGAAUAAUGUGAGAGAUCUGGGCUUAAUUCUCAUGAAGUAGUUCCCUAUUACAACCCGAAGCUUUUACAAAUUUGGGCUGUUGACUAUUUGUGACCAUGCUGCUUCUUGGAGUUGCUGCAAACUGUUUCAUCAAAGAAGGUAGUUGUGGUUGCCAAGUUUCUGUACUACUAACACUGUACCUGAUAAUUGUAAAAUGUCACUUUGACUAGACUGAAAAAGGUUGAAACUCAAAUGAUUGUGUGAGACAGAUUUCUCAUUCUUUGAAACCUACAAAAUUAGAUUAUUGAAGCAAGGUAAAACUUUUUGUGUUUCACACUGUGUGGAAAAUGGUUUCUAGGGCUUUACUUCAAUGUUUGCAUUGGUUGCAUCCCUCAUUAAACCCACAGGGUGCUGCCAGCUAAAGAUUCACGUUGCAUUCCUGAAGGACUUUUAGGGAAUAUAUAACUUGCAGCUGUGAUAUAUAUUUGAAACAGGAUAAAUGGAGAGAUCAGCAUACAUAAUUAUUCCUCCUUUUACCUCUGUCUGAAAUCAAACUGAUAUGUAAGAAAAUGCCUUACUGCGUUCUUGCCUUUUCAGUUUAUAUUUCAAGAUAGCUGAUGAGUGCGGUGUAUUAUAGCUAAGAGGGAGGAAAAUAAUUCCACUCCGCUGGUCAGACUUAAUUCAGGAAACAGUAUCUGAGUGCAGGCAAAGACAGGGGGGAAUCGGGGGCUUGUAGAAAAGUCUUAAAUAGACACCAAAGACUUGACAUGCCUUUUUCACAGAGAAUGCAUAUUUUGCGGCUCCCGUUCUGUCUCUUCAGCAGCCCACAAAACCUAUGCUCCCCACAGCACAAACAAGCUAUCAAUCAACAAGGGUUUUCCUGUCAAAAUGAAGGAUGUGCCGCUCACUCAUUUGCAAGGACUGUGAUUCCUGUUUGCAUGUAAGACAUACAGAGUGGAAGCUAUUGGCACAUGUGUUUGCAUUAUACGUUGGCUGCACAUGUCCAAGGCCGAGGUUUGUUUCAUCCAUAUCGUCUGAAGCAUUCACGAGAAGAGAGGAAUCAAUGUAUCCACUCUGUUCUAUCUUGGCCUUUGAGUGUCUGAUUUUGAAUACAGAAACAUGUUUCACAGCCAGCAUUGAUGGUUACGGGAUUUUCAUUUGAAAUAGUCUAAAAGUCGAUAGCAGGUUGCUCAAGAAGCAAGGUGAGACUCAGCAGGAAGAAGGAAUUAUUUAACCUGGCAACAAAAAAGUUAAACUCAGAGUAAAGGACAAAGUUUAUCUUUAUAGACUGAUAUGUAUGUGAACGGAAUCCAUUUUUUAGCCGUCAGAAAACUGUAGCUCUCAUACCGCUUCUUGUCAUGGUUUCAGAAAAUCACGUAAUGUGCGCUUACUGUAUCUAAAGCGGAGGGCUCCGACUCUCCUCUCGGGUCAUGUUUUUACUUUUCUAUUCACAAGAGCUAAGUCACUGUCACACUCAGUGUGUAUCAAUACAGUAAAAAACUUGAAAAUAAGAAAAACAACACUUUGUUUGUAACAUUUCAAUUAUCCUAUGACCCCCCUGCUAAAUGGAGACUAGCUGCGUGACCCAAAUCUGCCGUUGCAGCAUUUGAUUUGCAUAGAGGUUUAGUUGUUCCCUAAGUUGAUCAAAAUCAGGGGAUGGAAGUGUCCAAGAAAACAAACAAAACUAUCAUAAAAAACAUGUUUUAAUUUCUAAUGGUGAGGGAGUUGUAUAGGACUUUCUAAAAAAAAGAAAGUGUGUGUGUGUGUGUGUGUGUGUGUAUGUGGGGAGGGGGGAGGGGUUCACAUGUGGGCACACAGUUGUCUGUUCAUCGAAGCUGACUUACAAUCACAAUCCAUACCUACCAUGAAGGAACCUGACUCGAGUUGUGUUGUCGCCAUAAAAAUGAAGAGUUUGUACUUUGUGACUCUUAAACUUUUUAUAUUUGUGUUUAAUAUAUCAAUGAGUACCUCUGUUGACUUUUGUAUAAGACCUAUAGUAUAUACAAACACACGUACACACACAACACACCUCCACAAAAGGGACUCCAGUCUGUCUCUGUGACGGCUAAAUGUUGUAUAACUUUUAUUUUGUGUCUUAUGAACAACAUCUCUUCCUUUUGUAGUUAUUGGUAAACGUUUCGAUUUCCAGGUGACUUUGAUUUGGUUACUCUUGUACUACUAAGCUCUGUAUUUGCAAGCACUGUAAAUGCGAUUCUCAUUGGAUUCGUCCUCUGUACAUUUAGUACUCUGAUGUUGCUAUUAAUAAAAUGUAAAA